UAUUUUUCUGGUUAAACGAAAAAAUGUCAACAGUUAAUAAAAAAAGUAUAUCAACUAUUAUUACAUAAACAGUUAAUCAGUUCAUUGUUUCAAAUUAUCACCAUUCAACUAGGCCUUUAAAACAACCUUGAUUAUGUCAACGAUAGGAAUAAGAAGCAACCUUUCGAGGUUAUCAUGUCUCAAGGUAAUGCGUUACAAUAUGGUGACAGACAGGAGCCAUUAUUCAAAUCGGUCACAUCAAUUGCCAAAAAAAGUAAUAAACAUGAAAAUAGAGUCCAAAUUUUAGCCACUAAAUAUCAUCCUGAUAGAGUAUUUGGUUCCAUCAAUAAUUCACCUUCAUUCUCUUCACCAUCAUCUUUUAUUGAGAAUUCAAAUCCCGUUUCACUCACAAUAGCAAUGAAAUUGCAGCCUAAAAGACGUUAUCGGAAAUUGAAGUUACCUGGUGUUGAAGGAGGAUCAGAUGAUGUAUCUAAUCCAAUUAUAUUGCCAAGUCAUCAAGUUAAUAGUGCAGUUGGUCUUCUUUUAAAACGAACUGGUCAUAUAAAUGAGAUACCAUCGUCUCGAACACGAAAACCAAAAUAUCGAGUUAGCAGCAUAUCAGUUCCAUCAUCUAAAGGUACAAAUAGGCAGCAAUCAGCUUUGGCAAAGUUUGAAAUUCGUAAACAAAAGACUGGUCUUCAAUCCAAACCAACAGAACCUACAUUACUUCCGAUUAAAUUAACAAGUGAAAAACCGCCAACUCCAGGAAGCUUCCACUCUAGUAAUAAAAGAAAGGUUAAACUAGACAAAAAAAGUAUGAGUUUGGUUGGUUCAUUGAUUACUGCUCCUCCGUCAGAUAAAUCAAAACUUACCAUUCCUAAACCAAUAAUUGAUUGGUCAGAUCGUCGACAUAUUCAACCUAACCGUCCGGCUUCAUCUAUGGCAACUAAUAGACUUAAAUCGGCUGCUGGAAAUGAUGAAAUUCCCAGUUCGUCUAAAAAAAGAGAGUUUUUAUACACUGGUAAAGUAAGGUCAACAACUCCAUUAAGUAUUCAAUUUGAAACGAAUAAGCCAAGUUAUAACCACAAAAUCAACUUAAUCAAGGAACAAAAUAUUCCACCAGUCAACGCAGUGAAAAAUCUUGGUAAUCUUGGGACUGUUUUAUUGGCUUCUGGUCAAUUAGGUCAGAUAAAUAAAUCUAAAAUAACCAGAAUUCCCUUAGAGCCAUUAGAUUAUGAAACAGAGCUGGAUAAAAAUCAUUCGGAUAAUGGAAUGGAUAAACAUAAGCAACCGAGCCCAUAUGAAAUGUCACCUUUUGCUUAUAUUGAAGCAGUUAGUGAAAAUGUUGAAAAUAAUUCAGAUUCUCAUCCUUAUUAUGCUCGAUCAGCAAACCAAAUGGUACAAACUGAAAAACCGAUUUCAAAGCCAAAUGAAAACAUUUAUGUCACUCCUUCAACAUCAACUGAUUAUUCUGGUUACAAAAGAAGAAAUGGUAUAAAAAAUCAUGAUAUUCAAACUAAACAUGAACUUCCACAUAAAUCAGUAUCAAGUGCAACUGAAAACAGACGAAAUAGCCAAAUUAAAUACGAUUAUGGUCAUUUUGGUGAAAGAAUGGUUCCCUUAAGAUCAUCUGACAUUAAAAGAACGACUACGACUACAACUACAACCACAACCACGACAACAACUGAACCACCUAUUACAGCUGCAACAAAUCAACCAACAGAGCCUUCAAAUGUUUAUUUCGAUGAUAAUGUAACGCCAAAUUCAAAUGAAGCUCUUGAUUCAGAACUAGAAACAGUUAAAGAAAAUGACAUUGAUGGGAAGGUGACUAGUUCUACGGCUGACCCAUUAAUUGAAGGAAGUUUGAUUUCUGGAAGCACAACUAAUCCGUGGUCUUGGGAUGAUACAGCAUCAGAGAAUGAUGGGCUUUUAGUUUCUCCUUUGUUUGCAUCUUCCAAUGAUGACGAUGAUCCUAAUCAUGAAAUCCAAAGAAAUCAACAAUCACAUCACGAAACUACGACUGCCAACUAUUAUGCUGCAGAACAACCCAUUGAAGACAAUAACCAGGCAAACAGUGCUAAUGAACGAACAGCUUUUACCAAGUCACCCGAUUCUGGUGAUUCGAAUGGUCGUGACACAACUAGAUACUAUUUUCCUUUUGAACUGAAAUACUUAGCUGAGCUUUGUAAAAAUAAUAGUGCUUUUGGAUUAAGCAGUUUUUCCUCUACAACCACAUCAACUAGUACUACAACACCAAUGCCUACCACUGAGCCGGUUGAAGAGUUAACAUUGGAAAAGUCUCAGGUUGAUCAAGCCACGUUAAGUUAUGGAGAUAGACCUUUUGCUAUCGGCUCUAUUAGAGGUCAAAAGAGUGGUUACAACAUGAAGAAAGUAGCUUAUCAGUAUAAACAAUGGGGUGAUCAGUGGAUGAGAUCAACUCAAUCAGACGCAGCUCCUCGAAAUGAACGUAGACAAAGAAAACUUACGUCUCCACCUUUAAGUAGAUCUAAACCUCAAACGACUACUACAAUUGCAUCAGAAGACGAUUAUUUUUUUGAACUUUCAACACUUAAACCUACAACAGAAGAGUCAAGUGUUAUUAAAAAUGAAGAAGCAAUGAAAACUGCUCGACCGAUUUUAAAACAUGAAUAUCACUAUGAACCUCCAUUUCCAGAUCAUGGAAGUCAUGGAGAGCCCAUAGGAGCUAAUCUUUUUGAUGAAAUAGAUCUUAAAGCCACAGAAACUACAGAUCCAGCUGAAUCUCAUUCGUCAUCUGAUAAAUCUAAUGAUGGAGUCUCAUUUGACGAAGAUAAACACAUUUUUGAAAAUUUCGAUUCUGAAGUGCCAGUUUCAAGAAUUCGACCAGAUAAUGAAGCAAUUAAUGAUAAACAACCUACAAAUCCAAAGAUUAAAAAGUUAAAUCAGAAAUUAAGUGCACCACCUUCAGUUGCUCCAGCAUCACAAACAACAGCAGUUCAAUCAAGUCCAAAAAGGUAUCCAGCUAGUAAAACAUUACAAAACAGUGGAGGUUUAUCAUCUUCCAUUCUUGAUGAGCUUGCAGGAAUACCUGGUGGAGCUGGCCGUGAUUAUCCUGCUUUACCUAAAAUUCCUGAAGAAAUUGACUUUUCCUGUAAAGGAAGAACAUCUGGAUUUUAUGCUGAUAUGAAUCUUCGAUGUCAGGUUUAUCAUCACUGUAAUCAUGGAUCGAUGCAAUCAUUUAUGUGUCCAAAUGGAACCAUAUUUAAUCAAGAAAUUUCAGUUUGCAGCUGGUGGUUUAAUGUUGAUUGUGGUAAAAGUGAACAAUUUUAUAAAUUAAACGACAAACCUGCUCCAGAACCUACCAAACCACCGAAACCAAUUCCAAUAAAUGUUUCAGAAGCAUCCAUCAAUUCCUCAAGACGCCCAAAGAAAAACAGAAUAAUUUAUAAACAAACUCCUGCCUUGGAAGAAUCGUUUUUCCGUGAAAAACCAAGAUCAUAUUCAACAACGACAAACACUUUUUACAUAAACAGAAAUCGAAGGAGGCAUCGUUAUCAUCAUCAUCACAAUAGAGAUGAUAUGUUUCCAUUUUUCUAGUCCCAUUGAAGUUAUCCGUUCUCUUCGAUUGAUAAAUUGAUUACACUCAUAAAUUUCAUCCCCAAACAAACCAUUCAGACCCAAAAUAUUUACGUUUUUGGUCUCUUUCAUUUUCAUCUUCAAUCGCUAUCAAAAAGCUUUUAUAAUUUUUAUAAACUGAUAACACCACCAACAAAGUCAUAUUUUUUCAUUUGAUACAUUAUCAAAUUGACCUCAUAUUUGUUAUUAAAAUUUUACUUUUUUAACAUUAA